AGAGACAGAGGGGUGGACUACACGAGGAGAGCAGAGCGAUCAGGGGUGUGCAUCAUUACCACAAGCUUUUAUGUUGACCAAUCAGAUAACAGCUUUUCUGACAAGUAUUGUUACCUUCCUUCCGAAAUAGAUCAAUUUCGACAUUUUUAAGGUGUGCCAUCACAUUUAGCAUUGAAAGCUCAGUUGAGUUCUUCAGUUUGCGUCUUAUCGUCCUAGUCAGCACUACCGUACGGUGGGUUCGCAGAGUCACAACCACUAGGCGACUAGCAAAGCGGAAAAAACGAAGAAACAUGUCGAAUUACAGAGUUUGGUGAUUGUUGUGUUUCUAAUGUUCUCGCCACUUGUGUUUUCCCGUGAAUGUUAUCAGUGCCUUAGCACCCACUCUUGGAAAGACUGCGAUGACAAGCGAUACAAGGUCAGGUGCCUAGAUUCGCAGAGGUGCAUUAAAGCCAGCGGCCACAGUUCCAUUGAUGAAGCUUAUGUGAAAGGCUGCGCGGCUACCUGCUCAGCAUCUGACAUUCCUGUCUGCAAUGAACCCGGUGUCAAGUGUAACGUGGACUGUUGCUCCUCAGACUACUGCAACGGUGCCCCCGGUCAUACGUUCAGCGGUCUUCUCUUGAUGGCUUGCGUUCCGAUUGCCACUGGAGUUAUCUACUUGUUCGGUUAUGAGGUUGCUUUUAAGUAAUUUUGGAUUUUAAUCCAGUGCCUUUUAGUAGAAUGCAGUUAUUAGACGCGGAACAAUCAAGUUAGGAUGUUGAAUUAUUAUUUAGGAGUAAGAACUGUAAAGUAAAUUACUCAGACCCGUCGUUUCAUGAGCGAUAAUUUGAGCUUGUCGAUACGUAUAACGUGACUGAGCAAAGGUUCAUGUAAUAUUAAAUAAAAUUCAAUAGUUGUUGCUUAA